AAUUGGGAUUUUGUAGUGGGAUUAAAUGCUGCCUCUUCAUUUCUUUCUUUAUGGCGACGGUGGUGGUUACAAUGGAUCUGGAUGAAGCGACGUUCGUUCAAGCAAGUGGUGGCGAUUUCAUGACCAGGAAAGUGAAGAGACAGAGAGACAUAAGGAGAAAUCGAAAGAGGGAGGAGGAUGAAGAUCAUGAAUUAAGAGAGGGGGCCUAUCGGUGAUGGAGACGACCGUGAAACUGCCGUCUUCAGGCGGCGGCGAUGAUGGUUUGAUGAACACCUGUUACAGGUGGACCUUUAUUGAGCUUGGAGUCAUGGAUUCAGAUCACACAGGAAUUGCUGUUGUGUUAAUGGGAGUUGGUGGCGCCGGAAAAUCAACUAUAGGCGAACUGCUUGCAAAAGCUCUAAAUUGUAGCUUUGUUGAUGCUGAUGACUUCCAUCCGCAAUCAAACAAAGAGAAGAUGAAGAAGGGGAUUCCUUUGUCGGAUGAAGACCGGACCCCAUGGCUUGAAGUGCUUCGGGAUGUUGUGAAUGCGAAUUUGGUCAGUGGCAAGACUGUAAUUCUUGGGUGUUUUGCCCUCCAAAAGCAGUACAGGGAGAUUCUUAGGUCAUUGCUGACAAUCGUUUAAAAAAAAGAUUCAUUGCUGACAGGUAAUGAAUAAAUACCCUAAAACAAGUCAUGUAGGAUUUGGUCUUGUUCUUGGUGAUGAUGGAAAGAGAUUUAGAACUUGUAUUACGGAAGUAGCUAAGUUGGUUAAUUGCUUGAUAAAGCUAAAACUCGUUGUAAAGCGGCUCUUGUGGAGCGAGGUAAAGUGGCUGAGUGGACUCCUGUGGAGCUUGAACAAACUACUAAAGCUUUUGAAUAUGGUGCUGUUAAGUGCCCAACCCUCCUAUAAGCAUAGCUCAAGUAUGCAUUGCUCACACAUCUCAUGUAGACUAUUAAUAUUACACGUGGCUAAAUCGCUCGGCUGGGUGAGUCGGGUAACGGACUAACAGCCGUUGUAGUAUACCGUCGCAUUCACCACAACUAGCCGUCGUUCAGUCUGCACCACUACCACGCGCCGCUGGACACAACCGUAGCACCCUCAUCUGCCGCCAUGAACUAUAGUUUGUCACUUCCGCAUUGACUUGUUUCCAAUUAACCGCAAGCAACAACUUUGCCAUAUAUUUCUGCUACCGUGCCAUCCUUCGAAUAACUCGACUUUCGAUUCAGGUUAGCAACUGAUCCAUAAUAUUUGUGUGAGUUCUUGCUUUUUUUGGAUGUCUCCGACGAUCUGAUAUUUUACGAAGAUGAUGAGACGAUAAAACCUACUUGAAUAUAAAAUGAACAUUAUAUAUGUACUCAAAAUUAUUUUAUAAAACUUGUAGUGUUAUUCACUCUAUUAAAACGAUUUACUGGUUAUGGUUAGAGAUCUAAGGCUUUUAUCAGUUCAAAUAUAAAUCGGGUUAUUUUCUUGGUUAUAAUAUAUACCUGAUCUAAUACAAUCGGUAAGCUUUAAAUUGAGUUUUAGUAUAAGUGAUGAGUAUAUAACUUUGUUUAGGUAAAUAUCUAAACGUAAAAGUUUGGUGUCAUUGUGUAGUUCCAAAAGCUUAAUAAAUUAGAUAGUACUUCGCAAGGUCUCUGUCGUUGGAAAAUCAGUAAGUCCAUGAGUCUUAUACCGAUUCAAUGUUCUUAAACUUAAUAAUGAAAAUAUAGGUUGCAUACUCGUCAAAGCCGAUUUGCUCUGCUUGCUUAUAAGUUACGGAUUCUGUUUUUCUUUCAUCAUAGUAUACUGUUAUUUUUCGUUACUCGUUGAUACGGAUUCUUUGGUCUUGCGAUCAUAAUAUUUUCUAUGUCCAUUACUUCGUAGUACGGAUUUUUGUCUCUGUCUUGAAGUGUUGUUUUCAUGAUUUGAUACCUAUAUUCGUUUGAUAUGUGAUACCUUAUAGGAGUCGGUUUGUAUUUCUUUGUUUGUUUGUUUAUUAGUGUGUUGUAGCAUGCCAUACCUCAGACUUGUAUCAUGGUCGCAUGUUCCUGUUAAUAUUAUUUUCAGUUUCCUGUGAACUAUUUAUAAGGCCUUUGUAUUUGUACUCUGUCACCCAAGCAUGUCUGGCUUGUCGUUUGGGCGUCAACGACAUGGCACUUGUCGUGACAGUGCGUAAUCAAAGUUCACGGCGUCUCUAGCUUGUGCUUGUGUAGCACCUUG